CGUACCUCAGCCCUAGUCCUGAAGGGCGAGGGAUACACUAGGGACGAGAUCUUCAAGAUUACAGGCAUCUUACCAAGUCGAUUGACCUGCCUAUUCCGAAAAGCCAGGGAGAAAGGAUGGGUAGAAGGGCAGCUAGUGCUUGAGGCGUACGUUAUUGACCGUCCCCGAUCUGGAAGACCGCUGCUGCUCGUAGGGGACAUCGCUGCCCAGACGAUAGCUAUUAUCACUAAGAAUAGCACUACGAGGGAAUAUUCACGUCACGAUAUUGCU